GGAGUUGUUCUGCAAUUUCUGUUUCGUUUUCCUUCCCUCCUGAGCCGGGCUGGCUUGCAGUUUCCACCAUGAAGCCUCUGAGCGUUGGUGUAUUCUUUGUUCUCGUGCCCGCCUUGAUGCCAGCCUUGGACCCACUCAGCGCUUCGCUCCUCAUGGGGGGGGCUGCCAUCACCUGGCAGCUCUUCUCCCCUCACUCCUGGCUCAAGUGCCAUCUCCUGGAGUGCUGCAAUGCGAAGGACACGCUGAACUUCUCAGUUGUGAAGAUGGAUUUGGAGCGAAAAGUCUUUGGCCAGCAUCUUGCUCUCCAAUUAAUUCUGAGAGCUCUGAGUGCAAAUAUUUACUCCAAACGGCCCAAGAAACCCCUGGUGAUGUCCUUCCACGGCUGGACUGGAACAGGCAAAUCGUUUGUCAGCAGUAUCAUCGCAGAGAACCUCUAUCGGCCUAGUACACCAAGAAGGAGGUUUGUGCACCACUUUGACACGGUACUGCACUUCUCACAUGCCUCACGUGUCCAUCUGUAUAAGGAACAGCUGCAGAACUGGAUUCGGGGCAACGUCAGUGCCUGUCCAAGGUCCCUUUUUAUCUUCUCUGAAAUGGAUCAGAUGCCACAUGGCCUGAUAGACUCGAUUACACCAUUUCUUGGCUACCAUGAAGAGACUGAUGGAGUUUAUUAUGGCAAGGCGAUCUUCAUCUUCUUGAACAAUGCAGGUGGAGAUAAGAUAACAGAGAUUGCUCUUGAUUACUGGAGAAGGCUGAAGAGAAGAGAAGACAUUCCUGAGAAGGAGCUCCAGCAUCUGCUAUCUGAGGAAAUUUUCAGGAACACACACAGUGGUUUCUUUCAAAGUCAACUGAUCCAGAAGAACCUGAUUGACUAUUUCAUCCCUUUCCUUCCUCUUGAAUAUAAUCACGUGAAACAGUGUGUCCGGGAGGAGAUGCGAGCGCAAGGGCAUCCUGAGGAUGAGGACCUCAUCACAGAGAUUGCCUUGGCAAUGACCGACUACCCCAGUGAAGAAAGGCUCUACUCCAGCAAAGGCUGCAAGACUGUAGCCUCCAGAGUGACUUUGAGCACCUAGACGUUACAAGGCCAAACGCCUUGUGUUCCUACUGCAAGACCAAAGCAGAUGGAAGAACCAGUGACUCCCUUCCCCAUCAAGCUACAUGUUAUUCCUUGAUGGGAUUCGGGCUUUCCCAUAGCAGAGGGACCUUGAGAUAAAUACAAAGGACAAGGCAACAGUCAUAGCACAGAGUAAGCAGAAGAGGGACAUACAUGGAGGAUGAGGUUUGCUCUCCUUGCCACACAAUCACUCCCAGAUGUAAGUAUUUUAAAGAGGUCAGUCUCCCAGUUUUGUGGCAGGACUGUUUGCACCCAGCAUUGCCCUAAUUAAUAAAAUCUAUUAAUAAAUAACCAUCGUGUGUAGUA